AUGGAAUCGAAGGCUGCCAGUGAAUCGGUCAAGCCAAAUGGAUAUGAUACGGAGGGCAAACAAUUCAUCAGCACCCUUCCUAAAAGUAUCAAACGACGAAUUCAAGCAUUGAAGAAACUGCAAAUCGAGGGUAUCAAUGUUGAAGCUCAUUUUUAUGAGCGUGUGCAUCAAUUAGAAGUAGAAUUCGCUCCUAUGUUCACUGCUUUACAUGAUAAGAGAAAGGCGAUUGUGACGGGUAACUAUGAACCCACUGACGACGAGGCUAAUUUUCCCAUUCUGCACGGUUAUACGAAAGAGGAAAUGGAACAAAUGGAAAAAGCAUCAGCACCAGAACCUAACCAACCAACAAAAGGCAUCCCAAAUUUUUGGCUACAUCUGCUUAAAAACGUAGAUCAUAUCUCUGACAUGAUCCAGGAGCACGAUGAACCAAUACUUCAACAUCUCAUUGAUAUAACAUGUGAUGUCGAGACGAACCCGGAUUCCUAUACUCUCACAUUCUAUUUCGAACCUAAUGAAUAUUUUGUCCAAACGGAGUUAAAGAAAUGUUAUAUUCUACAAGUUCCACCGGAUGAUGACGAUAUUUUCGAAUACGAUGGACCAGUAAUAAUCAAUACCAAAGGUACCGAAAUAGAUUGGAAGGAUGGGAAAAACGUUACAAAGAAGAUUAUUAAGAAGAAGCAAAAAAAGGGCAAUGCUGCUGGUCGAUUUAUUACAAAAAUGGUUAAGGCUGACUCUUUCUUCAAUUUCUUCGAUCCUCCGCCUAUGAAAAAUAAGGAUGAAGUCAAUGGAGAUGAUGAUGAUACUGAAACUCAGGAACUAUUGCAAGCUGAUUUUGAGGUUGGCCAGUUAUUCCGUGACCAAAUUGUGCCUAGAGCGGUGCUCUUUUAUACAAAAGAAGCGAUAGAGGAGAAUGAUAUUUUUGAAUAUGAUGGCGAUGAAGAAGAAGAUGAGACUGAACUGGCUGACGAAAGUGAUAAUGAAUAA